CAGGGACUAUAAAGAUCAUUCUAACAGGAAUAAGGACAAUGGAAAGUCUUCACUUAGAAAAGAUGAUACUACACUAUCGACUCCUACUUUAAAUAACGAGGUAACAAAUGAGUCGGCAAGUUUAAAAAAUAUGGCAUCAUACAUGAUAAACAAURGUAAAAAUUAUGAUAAAGUAGAUAAAGGUGGUGGACCUAGUCGAAAGACUACAUCAUGGACGUCGACACCAGACUUGACAAUACUGUCAGAUAAUGUUACAUCUCAAGUUGAACAUAUGGAAGAUGAUGAACAGGAAAUUCCAAAUUAUACAGUUCGGAGAAGAACAAAUCUUUCACGCAAGGAUUCUAUAGAUGUUCACAGUCCAAGAAAUAGUUACAAUGGAGAUAUCGCCCAAUAUACACCGGUGCAUAUGAAAUCAAUGCCAAAUGAUAAAGAUAUGUAUAAUGAAGACGAAGAUAAUAUUAGUUUAGCUGAUUCUGAUACUACGACUGAUACGUAUGCGACUAUUAUAAAUGAUGAAGAUUUACAUGACCAAGUAAAGCAUUUAAAAGCUGAAUUAAAAUUGACCAAGGCAAAAUGUGAGAAAGCUGAACGAGAAAAGAGUGAUGUUUUAUUAAGACGUCUAGCAUCUUUGGAUAUAACUCCGACAUCUCGUACAACAGCUUCUGAAUUGUUGAAGCACCAACAAAAAAUCAAUGAUUUGAAGUCUACUUGUGAAAGUCUUGGUGAUGAAAAAAGAAUGCUUACACAACGUGUUCAUGAAUUAGAAGCUGAGCUCAAUAAAAACAAGAAUAUUAAAGUGAAAUCAGACGACAUUCAACUGAUUCGUUCUAAGUUAAUAGCUGCUGAAACUAAAAUUGAGGAUUUGACAGAAGAAAACAAUGAUUUAAAUAAAGAGAUACAUAAUAUGGAGCAAGAAAUGAGAGAUAACUUUCG